AUGACCUUCUGCAAUAUUGUGAUAAAAAAUAAUAAGAAUAAUUGUAGCAGUGUUAAUAGUAGUAGUGCAGGUGGUAGUGUGACUACUACUACUACUACUACUACUACUACUACUACUACUACUACUACUACUACUACUACUACUACUACUACCACUACUACUACUACUACUACUACUACUACUACUACUACUACUACCACUACUACUACUACUACCACUACUACUACUACUACUACUACUACUACUACUACCACUACUACUACUACUACUACUACUACUACUACUACUACUACCACUACUACUACUACUACUACCACUACUACUACUACUACUACUACUACUACUACUACUACUACCACUACUACUACUACUACCACUACUACUACUACUACUACUACUACUACCACUAGUAGUAGUAGCAGAAUAGUAUAA